AUGGCGAUAAAAGAUAGGUCAUUGGAAGAGACACCAACAUGGGCUCUUGCUGCUGUUUGCUUCGUUAUUCUUUUCAUCUCUAUCAUGAUCGAAUAUUUCUUGCACUUUAUUGGUCAUUGGUUUAAAAGGAAGAACAAGAAGGCUUUAUAUGAAGCUCUUGAAAAGGUUAAAGCAGGCAAGUUUACUAAAUUGAUGCUACUGGGAUUCAUAUCUCUUCUACUUGUUGUAUUGCAAACACCAGUCUCCCAAAUUUGCAUUCCAGAAAGAAUUGCUGCGACUUGGCAUCCUUGUAGUAGCCACCAAGAGAGCACUAAAUAUGGUAAAGAUUAUAUCGAUGAUGGUCGCAAAAUUCUUGAAGACUAUGACUCGAACGACAUUUAUAGUCCUCGUCGAAGUUUAGCGACCAAGGGUUAUGACAAAUGCGCAGAAAAGGGGAAAGUAGCAUUAGUAUCUGCAUAUGGUAUCCACCAAUUGCAUAUAUUCAUCUUCGUGCUCGCUGUAUUUCAUAUUCUCUACUGCAUUAUAACCUAUGCUUUGGGGAAAACCAAGAUGAAGAAAUGGAAAUCGUGGGAGAGAGAGACCAAAACAAUUGAGUACCAAUAUGCCAAUGAUCCAGAGAGGUUCAGAUUUGCAAGAGAUACAUCGUUUGGACGUAGACAUUUGAAUAUAUGGAGCAAGUCUUCCUUUACCCUCUGGAUUGCGCAUAUGCCAGCAGGAAGUGAAGCUCGUUUCGAUUUUCAAAAGUACAUUCAAAGAUCUCUGGAAGAAGAUUUCAAGGCUGUUGUCGGUAUAAGGAUGGGAAUCAUAUUUUUGGCUGCCUUUCCUCCCUUUGCUUGUAGUUUUAUGUAUUUUCCUUACAGAAUGCUUUUCAACUGGCUUUUUUCGUUUGGAGCACUGGUAUUGAUACAAGUUAUAUGCAGCUACAUCACUCUGCCUCUCUAUGCUCUUGUGACUCAGCAUCAAAGGGCAAUGCACUAG